GCUUCACUAGUCCAAAAAAGUACCACAAAGUCGAAAUAAAUAGUUACUUUUAAUAAAUUAAUAGAUUAAAAUUGAUAUUUUAAAGUGAUACGAGUGAUACGUUGACGAAAUAAGUAAACAGUAGAACUAUUCUCUAAGAACAAAGUCGAAACUCUUCGUAGAAGGUCGUAAGUGUCAGAGAGUGAUAUGCGAUAUUGACUAUAACAAUUAUCAAAGGAUACACAUAUCAAAGAAUCACCGAUAAUAGAUUUUAAACAUUUCACUAGUGGGAUACGAAGUAAGUUACAGAAUAAAACUAUCUCAAAAUUAAAAUUUUCAAAAGUGCUUUACUAUAAUAUUGUAAACGUAGGGAAUAUUUUUACCAGGAAGUAGUGAAGUGAAUGAAGUGAAAACAUUCCUAAAAUUUAAUAAUUUUUAUAUUGAAUACAUAAAAAAAUAAGUUUAAAAAGUGAGAGUGAUAAUUAAAUAAAAGUAAUCAUAAAAGAAGACAAUUAAUUAAUUUGUCAAAAAAAUGGGUUGCAAAUUAUCCCAACUCGCUGCUUCUGAGUUCACGCACGAUCCGUUAGACCGACCACCACCACCUUCAGAUCCACGCUCACCUCUCACCGCCAAACAGCAAUACUGCAUAAUGGCAUCUUGGAAAGGAAUUUUCCGGCAAAUUGAGACAACAGGAAUUAUUUUAUUUGUUAAAUUAUUCGAAGAAAACGAGGAACUGCUCCACUUAUUCGAGGAUUUCCGUGAGCUUCGCACAAAAGAAGCAUUCGUGAGUUCCGCAGAAUUAGCUGAGCAUGCCACGAAGGUCAUGCACACACUAGACGAAGGGAUCAAGGGGUUAGCAGACAUGGACACAUUCUUCGCUUACGUAAGACAUGUAGGGGAAACGCAUCGCCAAGUUCCAGGGUUCAAAGCAGAAAACUUCUUGAAAAUCGAGCAACCCUUCCUAGAAGCGGCGAAGACAACGCUGGGCGACCGAUACACGCCCAAUAUUGAAAACAUCUACAAACUGACGAUCCGUUUCAUAUUAGAGAAUCUCGUGAAAGGCUACGAAGAGGCGGGACCGGAGUAUGUGAAUAAGGAAACAUGAUUAUCAAGAGUCAUUUAAAAUUGAUUUAAAUUCGCAUAUGAAUUGUCUUAGAACUGCCUA